AUUUGUCAAUUUUAUCUCAUUUUCUGCUGAAAUUCUCAUUACCGCAAUGUGUCCGGCUGUGUUUGAACAUGCGUUAUGUUGUAAUUUAAUCAAAUUAACACAAAAAUAUUUAGAAAAAAAAUAAAUGGAUGUUUUGCUAGACUACUUUAGAUGACAGAAAAAAUAUUUACUGAAUAUUCAUGUAUAAUAAUAAUGAAGAAAAAUUAGGAAAAUGAUGUGUCCAUGCCUGAUGUUCUCAUCCUCCGCAACACUUUUUGAGAACAGUUUAAGCACACAUACAGAAUUGUAAUAAAGUUUGAUUUUGAAUGACCAAGCACAUGGACCAGUUACUUCAAGAUGGCUACCAGGUAAGAUCAUUUUUUUACAGUUAAUUUGAAAUAUUGUCUUGUCAGAAUGCUUGCACGACAUUUUGAUUAUCAUUACCGCAACAGAUGCUUAUUAAAUGUUAAUUUAAUUAAUAGAAGCAUAAUACUUUGAUUUUAAAUGCAUGUGCAGAAUCUCCAAAUUAUGUUCUUUCAGGUUUGUCAUGUCAUUUUGAAAAUAUGUCAGUGUUGAUGUUUUCUGACUGUUGCGGUAAUGAGAUUUUUUAGGACUAAUUUUUUAAAUUAUGUUACAAAAAGUGUUAAAUGAUAAGUAAAAGUGUUUGAAUUAAUGUUCCCAUUUACUCUAGACUUUGUUUUUCAAUGUCUGGUGGGAAAAAAAGUAAAUUUAAGUAAUUUUUACAUUUUCAUGCUUGACAUUUUUAAAACCAAGUUUUCGUGAGAAUCACCGAUAGACUCAUCAUCGUGCAUUGACCAGACGUGAGCAUGCACACACAAACAAACACAUCAGUUAUACAGUAUGAUUGUAUUGCUUGAACAUUAUAUCAGCAUCUUGUUUCUGUUUCCCUAUCUGGAGACACACAGGUUCAAUUCCAGUUUAAUGUGAUGCUCAAUCCACCACCGAUGGUGACUGACCACCUCCUUGUGCACUUGCAGCGAUGUUGAAUUAAGUUGAUAUCAUAUAUUAGUGUAUCAUACAGCUGCAGUCAGUAACACCUCCAGCUCUUUUCUCUUUUACGGAUUGCAGCUGUAAGGUGUCAGAUGAAAACCGGCUCACUCGGCUAAACUUGCACUGCCAAAUGACUUUCUAGCCUAGUAUUCUUAUUUUGUUUUUAGUACAAAUAUAUAAAAAUUCUUAAAUCCAGAUCUAUUUUCUUGAUGAACAAAAUGACCUAAGAGAAUAAGUCUUAAACUAGACCAAUAAUCUAUACAAUGUGCUUUAAAAUUCACUUAAAUUGUAUACAUUUAUUGUUUGAACCUAGACUUAUUAAAAAAAAAUUAACUGAUGACUGGGGAAAUGUAAAAAAACUUAGUUCAGAUGUCAUGAUGAGACGAACUUUUAUCAGGAAACACAACAGGAGGGGAGGAGGAGAAUGUGACAUCUGGAGGAAAAGAUUAUGGUCCGAGGAAGACAGAUAGAGCUCACAUGACUUUACUCAUCCUAUAAGAAGUCUAAGAGGAGUACGAGUCUGACAGACGACAGCACAAACAGUCUUUCAUCAUGAGAGCCAUCAUUAGCAUCCUCCUCUUCCUCAUGAUGCAGAGGUGUGUUGUCGCGGGCAGCGGUUGCCAAGGCGACAGAAAUAAGGACCACCGGCCGCGUGUAAGCUGCGUGAAUCAGGGUCUGACGGCCGUUCCGGGAGGGAUCGACCCACUCACACAAGUUCUGGUGCUCACAGAAAACCACUUCAGUUCAGUCUCGUGGUCUGAUUAUUCUCCAUUCCCUCAGCUGUAUGAGUUAGAUCUGAGCCACAAUCAGAUCACAGUGCUGGAACCACCAGGUCCAGUCUUGGAGAACUUGGGUGUUUUGCGUUUGUCUGGAAACAGGUUGACUGGUUUGGGUGGAGAGGUGUUUCGUUGCGCUCCCAAUCUGAUGCAGAUUUAUUUGGAUGGAAAUCGGAUUCGUUCUCUUCACGAUGCCACCUUCAGCUAUUUGCAGCGUCUGGAGGUCAUUAGCCUUUAUCAAAAUGAGCUUCCUGCCCUUCCACCUCGUCUCCUGGAGAGGGUCUCUUCCAGCACUUUAAAACAAUUUGACAUAGAGAACAACAGCGUCUCGCUGAUGCCCGAUGGGUUUUUCUCCUCUAAACCAGACCUGCCGUAUGUUUACUUGUCUUAUAAUCCUUGGCUGUGCAGCUGUGCUGUAGGAUACCUUCACAGCUACCUGAAUGACCAGGAACAUAACAUCUACAAACACAAAGGUCCCGACGAAAUCAUUCCUGGUUCUGAUUCCGUACUAUGUGCCAGGCCACCUCACCUGACUGGACGAACGAUUAUUGAACUAGAGGAGGAUGACUUCUGCCCACCAGAGCCAACAUUUCCCCCUCUCUUCUACCCCAUCGGAGACCAGGAUUUUAAAGCAGCUGAUAUUAUUAUCACAACCCCUCAAGUACCAUCCACUCCGCUCGACACAACCUCGCCUGCUCUGCUCUACGCAACCACGGCCGCUCCACUCAACACAACUUCAUUCACUCAUUCCCUCAACACAAACUCGUCCGCUCCACCUGACACGACCUCGUCCGCUCCACCUGACACGACCUCGUCCGCUCCACCUGACACAACCUCGUCUGUUCCACUUUACACGACCUCGUCUGCACCACUUGACACGACCUCCUCCGCUCCGCUUGAAACGGCCUCCUCCGCUCCGCUUGAAACGACCUCGUCCGCUCUGCUUGUCAGUAACGUCCCGCUUGACACAACCUCGUCUGCUCCGCUCGUCUGGACCGUUCCAUCCGUCAGGACUGUUCCGCCUGACACGACCUCGCCUAUGCUACUUAAGUCCUGGACCUAUAUCUGGUCUGAUUUCUGGACAGAUUGGCUUUUGUCUACAGUGACUCCAGCAGAGUUUAAUCCACCAACUUCACCAGGACCUGAAGUUAUCGUAUCAUAUAACACAAUCGACCAAUCAAGCAUCUUGAACAGCACGCAACCCCGACCUCAAACAGCCUCUUCACCGAUCCCUGUCCAACACCAAGCUUCGACGACUGCCCCACCCAAACCAAAGUCUACAAGCGUUGGGCAGCACUGGGCCGAAGGAGCAGGUGGUCAAGUUGUAGAUGAUGGAAGGACAUUGCCGUGGUGCUGGUGGUUAUUUGUUGGGUUUGCGUUACUGUGUGUGUUGUCUGCUCUGACUUCUUGUUUCCUGUUCAUCUGGCUCCUGAAAAGUUACCUGGUGCUUCAAGGCAGACUCAAGCGCUACACCCCAAUCUGCUCAGAGAGCGACGGGGUCACCUUGCGUGCGUACAAACAUAUCAAAAACACUGCGUCGCCAGGAGAGGAGAACGAGGAAAGUGUGAAGUUUUUGUCACUUGAACAGAUCAAAGACAUUCAGGCAGUGUUUCGGAGUGUUCUGUUCAUCUCCAAAGGAAAUGACGAGGGACCAAAGGAUGCGCAGAUAGAGGCUAAAGGAAGAGAUGCUUCGACCACAGUAACAGCACAAGAGAGAGCUGAAGGCAGAGAGGAUGAAGAGCUUGUGUUCAGGAAAAGUCUGUACAGAGAGAUUAGUCAAAAAGAGGAGAGUAACAGAUGGACAGAAGAAGAGGAAUGCUGGUACAGAACCAGAGAGAGAACCUCUCGAUACCGACUCGUCCUGAGAGAAACCACAGGAAGUGAAAGAAACAUGGAGUGGGUGGUGGGGGAAUGGGAGAUGGGAGAAAGGGGCGUGGUCAAUGAGAGAUCUUGUCCUCUGAUUGGACAGUUGGAUGGCACAUUGCCUGUCUCAUCUUCUAUCGAGUAAACUGCUCUGGUUAUUUGACAAAGAUGGAAAAAGUUGCAAUAAUACACAUAUACAAUAAUACUGUCUAUUCUAUUCUAGCCAUUAAUAAUUCUCCUAUUUUCUGUGGAUUCUAUUGAAACAAUGUAACAUUGUAUAUAAAGUGCUUUAUAUAAAUAAAAAACAUUGCAAAUUAACUUGCAUAUAAAUGAAGCUUCAACCGUUGUUAAUUUAAAGCUAAUAAAGUUUUAACAACACAAA